AGGAAGGAAACUAAGGAGAGGCCCUGACGUCACUCUUUGUGAAGCAAAAGUGGAGCCGGAAUUUGGCGUUGCUCAUGGCGAUGCUCCGCCUUUUGGGCCACCCUCCUCUCUUGUUUACAUCUUUCGCGAAACCACGCCGCGCUGCGCGUGGUGUCGCGCGCUCGCGCAACAUCUGGCAGAGCACGGUGCAGGUAACACAGCGCAACAAGACACGGUGACUAACGCAAACCCGCCCACUCAGCGCCUUUGCCACGGUCCGAAACCUACCAGCGCAACACGUGUGAGCGCUCAAAACCAUAACAACGCCGCCAUUGUGGCCCAAAAGGCGUGGCCAUACAAAAAAAAAAUAAGAAAGCAGCAAAAAAAAUGAGAACCUUAUACGUCAUUUCCGCCACACUUUUCUCUUAGCGCGCGGAGGGGGUAGGGCCUCUCCUUAGUUUCCUUCCUCCGUGGAACGAUUCGUGCCCGAAGACGACGCCAUGCCGGAUAACGGACCGGGACGGGUGCACCGUUUUCGCGACCACGUCGUGGCCGGCGUCAACUGGCGACCGACGCGGCUCUUCGACGAGGUGCCGAAUUCACGUGUCUGCAGCCUCUGCCGGAUGAUCCCAAAACGGACGCUGCUGUUGCCGUGCGGUCACGCUCUGUGCCAAUCUUGCCACGCAGCCAGUCUCGAAGGGGGCGUUGGCCAGUGUCCGUUGGAUCGAGAGCCAUUCGAAGAAGCGGAGUGCUUCGGUUAUGAAUUCCCUACCAGGAAAGCGAACGCCGUGAAGGCAUACUGCUGGAACGAAGCUCACGGCUGCGAGUACACGGGCACCAUGGACCGCAUGCUGGAACACUACGAGAACGAGUGCACAUUUCACAGCGUGGAAUGUGUGCGAUGCGGCGAGGGAGUCCAGCACAGAGACCUGCCGAUGCACUACGCGGCCGGAUGCCCUGCCCGUGUUCCUUCCGCGAUCACGGAGUCCUCGGAGCAUACAGCACUGACCCUUGCUCACGUGAACGCUGCCCUUGAAGACGUGAAGGCGAAGUUGGGAUGUCUCAACCAUGACCAGCUGCUGCCAGUGAUUCAGAGUCAGCUGAAUGAGCUUACAGAACAAGCCAGGAACCAGGAAGCCAGGUUAGCUGGGAUCACUCGCGAGCUCGGAGCAUGCGAGAACAACUUAAAGGGCGAGAUGGCUCAAAUCGCCGCCACGAUUUCAUCGACCGUGUCCCAUCAACUCACAUCUCAGCAAAAUCCAUUGGAGGAAGCCAGCACGUCGAGGUCGCUGUCGUUGCGCUCGGGACAGGAGCUGAUACUUCGAAAGUUGGAACGUUUAUCGCACCUGGAAAACUGGCGGCAAACUUCCCCGAAGCCUGAUUUCAGCCGCGUCACUGCUCAUUGUAAGGCUUUGUACAGCAGCGUUUCGCAUUUGACCAGUGCGCUGUCGGCACCCGCUUCAAUUAAAGGAAUUGGGAGCGUGAAUUAUCUGCUGACCCUGGAAAACUGUGAGGAAAUUAUUCAGUGGGAGGGAGGCUUAAAACAGUUUGCUGAGAUUACGGUGUGGCACAUGAGGGACACGUACUUCACGAUUGCCGUGUCGAAGGACGGCGCUACUCCUGCAUCUUCCCUCAUUGUGGAGAUCGAGUUUAACGGGACGCUGGUGGACUCUAAGUGUUGGCCGCCUUUCUGGAGCGUGCGCGCGGUCCAUCCAGUAACAUCCCAUCUACGUUGGUUGAUUUCCGGAGCCAAGCCAUGUUACUGCAACCACGAUGACCCCUCAUUGCUGCACUUCCACCUCGAGUUUACUACAGACAUUGCCUCGCUGGAAAACGGCGGCUACCUCCAAGACGGAAAGAUAGCGUUCGAUAUCUAUCUCAGCGAUACAGAUCUGUUCGGUGCGAUCAGAGGAGCACCCUAACGUUCGUCAUCGCACAAUGUGCACUGCACCGGAGAAUCCUCCUCGCCACUUCACAAAAUGUGUCACAUCAGCUUAACGAAUUUUUUCAUCUCCAUUGUUAUAAAUAAAGUCUGCUCUGCGAAAUUUCUUCCUUAAAAUUUGCUAUCCUUUCUAACUGUCAACCUAUUGUUUUUCUUACUCUACUGGCCGUUCAUUUUGUUUAUUUCUUGUGCUAAUACAGUUUUUUGUUCCGAAA